CUCAUACAAUCCUCUUCAAAUGAAAAAUCAGGCCCGGGCCCCAUUGCUCUUUUACCCCAUUCUUCCAAGCUUUCACUUCAAAAAACCCUACCUUCUCGUAUACUAUUCGAACUUGUUUUUACCAAUGCCAAUGCUCUUGCUCUAUUGAUUUUCUAUUAUUUUUCGAUGUUCUUGAUCACCAAAUGCAAAUCCAAAGCCAAACAAAAAGAUGCGAUCCUCUAGUGUCGAAAAGUCUCUAGCUGAGCGAAACAGCUAUCCCUGGGGUAUGAACUUGGGAGGAUCACCAAUUUCUCGAAGUGCGUCACCCAGCACAGAUGCCCGCUCAGUUGUCGCGCCACGAGGAGCACGAGAAGAACGUGAAGAUAGACGUGACGACGGAGCUGCCUCAGGAGUUAAAGAUGAAUCUGCCAACAGCAACACGGUUAACGAGGAGCAGAUGAACGAUGACGACAUCCAACCCCGACCAAGCGAUGGCGGCUUUUCUGCUAGACUUGAGGCUGCUUCACGGGCCAUCCGUUUCGCCAGAGAAGCUGAGGAGGAAGCGGAAAGAAAAUUGCGAGCAGAAAUCCAGCAAGCGGAGGAAAGGGAAGAUAGGUUGAUGCGUUCAGCCAGAUCAGACGAGAUCGAAGAACGUAGCGUGUAUUAUUCAACUUCUGGAACUGUAACUGGUGCUGGUACUAGUGGCUCUGGAGUCCUUGGAGUUGAUGGAGAAGGAGAUCUUGGCGAUCUUCAAAUAAGUGAACGAGAUGUUGAUGAGAUGCUGAAUCUAUCGACGUCAUCAUCAUUUAUCCUUUCUGCGGCGCGUAAUCGUAAAGAGGAGGAAUUCCGUGAGAUAGCGUUGCCGGAUAAGAAUUACACGAUUCAGAUGUAUGGAGGCAACAUCAACGGGAAGGGAGGAAAUCAGGAACGCAAAGUAGCAGCGAAAGUAAAAGAUUAUCGGGAUGCAAGUCGGGGGACACUCUUUCAUGCGCCGACCUUGAAAAAUAGUGCAAUAUCACGGGGUUCGCCAUCUCCGAGGGGAAUAAUGUCGAACAGCGGAGGUGCAAUUUCAAGAGAAGCGUCGUUAAACAUUCCUAGAAGAGUUUCCUUUGCUGCUGAUGGGAGUGGGACUAUAGUAGAAAAGCCGCGUGCUUCAUCUUUGACACCCCGUACUCCAUUGACAGUCGCAGGAGUGGAUAAGCAAAAGCUCGUAGGUGUAGGCCUCGGUCUGAAGUCGCCGCCUCCGAAGCCUGUGACAGUUACACAAGAAACAGCUGUAGAGCAAGCUACUCAACAAAAAAUCGAGGAUGUUGACCAUGUCGCAGCUGCUCGUUUCGUGCGACAACAAGAACAAUUUUUACAGAGUGCUUACGCUAGAGGUACUAGGGAUCCCUUCUUCGACGGUUUCACGCCUAAAAUCGAUGUUUCGAAUGCAAUUGCACAAGUGAAAUCGAUCGCUCAAGUGAAGGGACCUACGCUUUUGAGAGAGCCUUCGCCCAUCGGCGGGUUGUCUGCUGUGGCGCUCUCUCCACGUGGUAUCACGCCAAGAAAACUGCCAAUACCUGCGCAUUUGAGAGGGGUUACAACUGGUGAAAGAAAUGAAGUUGCAGUUGGAGCUUCAGGUAGCGAUCAAGGUAGAGGUGGACAAAUUUUAUCCCAUUCAUCUACUCCGCGAGGCACACCUGCCAAGGUCUUGCUCCUUCCACCUGAUUGGCGGUCACGAAGUCUGACGCCCUCAAGGGAUGCUAGGAAAAUGGAGCGAGAACGACAGCAGAUGGGAACGGCGCAAAACAGAGCAUCUUCUUCAUUCUCAGGAAUUCCAUCUCCAAGACAGGUCUCAGGACCACCUGGAGCAAUUAAGUUCUCUUCAGGACUUCAACUUACAACAAGUAAAAAUCCGCUCUCAUCAAGCGCCGUUACUCCACGGAACAUCAAAAAUCCUAGAAGAGACGUCAGCCCUCGUGGACUCCUCGCAACCGGAGCAGCAAGUGGGGGAGCACCAACCGUGGCUCCUUUAGAUGAGGACCUAGAAACUUUUGACGAGAUCUCCGCACUUCUAGAUAGAAAGCUUGCGGCGAGUUGUGGCAAAACCUUUGCAAAAGUCGACUCUCUAGCAACGGCAGCAAAGGCAGCGGCAGCUCCUCUGGCGAAGGCACAUGAGAAGCCUUUGGUAGUCCCUUUAGUAGCAGGAUCAGGAGAAGCUCCGCUGGCAGCACAAGCACAAGUGAAUCGAAGUGGUAGUGGACAACAUCUCGGAAAAAAUUCAUCUCAUCGUCAUCCUGCUGCUCUAAAAAGUUUCGAAUUCGAUGUGGCAUUUUCAUCUAUCAAGAAAACUUCUGUGAGUACUACACUAAAGGAGCAUUUACUGCGUAGCUGCGCUCGGGCUCUGACUCCAGUGACGCUACCUGCGUUGCAAGAAGAAAAUGCUGUUAAUCUCCACGAUUUACUAUCAUCAGAAGUAACGCCACGGCCACGAGGAGACGAAGACGAAGUUCUACAAGACGCUGAUUUUGAAGGUGAUAAUGUUGCCGAAGCUAGUGCUACCGAAAUCAGCGUGCGAGACACUGACGCAGCUCAGGCUCAUAUCAUAGAUGUUGAGAAUCAACGUCAAGCAGCCACCUCGUCUUUCUACCCUCUAGGGGGGCGUAGUCCCCGUGGGCCUCCUACCAGUGUGAAUUUAACAUCGAGAUUGGAGCAUCUGAAGGUGGCGAAGGAUGUCAUUGGUGGCAUACACCUUUCUGCCAUUCCCUCAGCACCUAUCAAAACUAUCGAUAAGCCAACACCUGGUAAGAAAAUUCUCGAUGACCCUGUGGUGAAGAUACCUAAGCCUGCUCACGAUGGCGGACAUCUUAGCAGAGCUUUGCUGUCUCCACGCUUGAUUAGUGCGUCACUAGCUACCUCCAGCUCCAAGGAUACAUUCUACAACGCACGUACCAAAAAGGACGAAGAAGACCUUCCCAGUGACCACGAAAUGACCAAGCUGCAUUCGGCAUUAAAUGUUGCUGGUCGUGAUGCCAGACAUAGUAGGUGGACAAGGAGAACGUCAAGGGAUACAACGACGACCAGCAAAACAAGGGAAUAUUCUCCUGCUACUAGUCUGAGUCCCCCUGCUCGACCACCAAGUGCUGCUUUCGAUAAAGCUAUAGUAGUUGUAAAUGAGACGGGAAGCAAUGAAGACCUUUCAUGCGGCAAAAGUCCUCUUCCGCUUGUCAAAUCGCUUCCAGCUUCACCAAAAAGGGCAAGCACACGUGCUCCGUUGUUCGGCCAGCAGAACUUGGACUUGCCUCCAAGCUCAAUUGCCUUAGCUGUAAGGGGGUCUCCCUUUUUGUCGCCGCGGACUGCUUUCUUGCCUCCGCCAAGAACGUUGAACACCGCGAGAACUUCUUUGGUCAAUCCUCUUCAAUCCGGUGCUGCGGAACAGAGUUUGGACCCAACGCGGGCAUCUGCGCCAUCUCUGCAGCCUCUCGUUGCACCGCUAAGCGCAAGAAAAGCCAUGCUUUCACCUACGGCAUUACAGACUACGGAAGAAGCUGCGAGUCCGGCAGCGAAGAAAUUGCAACCUGCAACGCUCGCUGGUGUUCAGAUUGGAGGAUUUUUACCUUCGCAAGCAGCUGUGAGGGAGACGACAACUACAGUGAAGGACGAGCAACCUCAGGGGAACAAGAAGAAAAGCAAUAAUAAAAAGAAGACCAAACUCAAUCAAGCUGUUGUAUUAGAGAAUGUGACCAAGCCUGAGGACAACGAUGCGCUCUUAAAGCAUUACACGAAGUCGGCUCUUUGCUGCAGCAGCCUCGGCGAGAUGGUACGGCAGAUUUCGGAGCUGCAAGAAAGCGUUUUGUAUUGGAAGUCUAAGUUCAGGCAUGACCGAGAUGCGGACGUUUUGGCUGUCUUGGAAGCGGACCACCACUCCUUGGUCGCUGAAGUUUUCAAACUGUGGGCUGGUGUCCAUAGCAGUUCCGCAUCUGCGCAUAAACUACACCUCGCCGAGAAAAUGCACGCCAAUCAUAAAAGGGAACAAGAACAGCUUCGAAGGGACCGAAAAGCUAUGUACGAGCAUGAAGAAGCGGAAUUGUUGGCUGUUUAUGAGGAUGCACAAAAAGAGAUGAAGACUCUGUUGGGGCAGCAGGAAGUAGCGAUCCAGAACGUGCAGAAGGAGAUAGCGGAAGCGAAGGAACAUGAGGAAGUAGUUGGAGCUUUGACAAGGGACGUUAUCACGCUGCUGGUACGGGCUAUCGAGACGGAACUAGAGGUGGAUCGAGAAGGGAAGCAACAGCAAGAACUACAACAGAGACGGACGCGUGUGUUAGAUGAAGUAGAUGCAGAACAAGAUGAGCAUUAUUUUGACGACCAUGAUGGAGAGCAUGCUCAACAACAACAAGUAAGAAUUGUUCCUGUUGAUCCUGAACUACAACGACCACGAGAGCCACGUGUAGUCGAACCAGAAGAGCUCUCUUACGUGUCUAGUAGUCCACCUGGCAGUACUGGUAGUCCUGCAUGGGAGGAUGAGGAAACGGCCAUGAUCUUUCAGGCACAGGUCCGAGACGCCCAUGGGGAGAUCAACGACAUGCUCAACGAUAUCUCCCGCAACUUGCAGUCGCAGGCAUCGAGGGUAAGCGCGAUGACGGCACUGGAUGAGGAUGAAUAUGAGCAACAGUAUGGUUUUCGUCCGAUUCUGAAAUUGAGAGAACUUGGGAUCCCGGGAGGUAAGGCCUCUCGUGCAUCUCAUGUUUCGGCUGAAGGAGAAGCUACAGAGGACGAAGAGCAUAGGAAAGCAGCUGCUUCGAUCUUUGAAAAUUUCGAAGACUUUCGGGCAGCUUCACGCGUUGCGUCUGGAAGUGAGCAGGGUGAAAGAAGAAGUCGCCAAGCUGAUCGGGAACCUUUGACAAACCGAACUUUUACCGCCAUACUGUCAGAAACUCGAGAAGAAGAAGAGAAAGAAUCCUCCAUCCGGUCCGUUGCGAAUGUGAUUGAAGAUCCACCUGUUAUUGAGCAAGAUCAGCAACCAGGAGAACAGGAGAACAACAACAACAAGCAGCAAAAGGAGCAUGACGAUGUUGGUGCCAGUUCAGGAGCUUCUUCGGCUACUGCUUCAGAGGGUGGCACUAGACGUCGUAGGAUAGCGUCAGUCCUCUUGGAAAGGAAGUCAGUGUCCUUCAAUGUCGUGGACGUUGUUGUCGGUAGCACAGUACACCAGGAUAAAAAUGCGGUGCAGAAGGAGUCCUUCACUUCUACUACGAGGCGUGGUCAGGUAGAGGGAUCCUCUACUUCUUUCUCGUCGUCAAAAGAUCAAGGAAGCUUCUUUAGAAGAUACAUUGCUUCACUUCAUCUUUCUCCCCGUCAUCAUUAUGUUGUAGGGGCAACAACUGCCGCUGCAGGCGCAGGGAGUCAAGAACCACGACGGUAUUUUUCUGCUCCCUCUUCACCUCGGCGUGGACUUGGUCAACAUGAUGCUGGAGAUGGACUCGUGCAACAAGAAGCUGAUAAGAACAGGAUCCACAACCCUACACUUGCAGGAGCCUCUGCGUUUGCCUCUCACCCGACGCGCGUACCAGUUUUCGAAGAUGUAGAAGUGCUCGUAGCGCCUCCGGCUUCACCUGGCAUGAGCACCAGGAGUGUUACGGUGGAGAAACGCAGUCGUAGUGGCAGUCCCAUAGUUGUGCGAGACACCACAACUUGGACGUUUCCAUUCCUGCCACCUUUACCAGCUUUGAAACACGCUAAUGGUGUAAUUGGUAGUGCAGGGACGCCGAAUUUCUUGAAAUCGAAUGCGCCAGAUGUAGGAACUGUAGCAUCUUCACCCCUAUCAUCGUCCAGCCUUCGGUCGCCGGUCAUUUCUGUUUCUUCCCCAAGGAACGACUUGAUUCUGCAGCCACGAGUCGUCUCGGCAACGACGUCCACCUCGUCUACACGGUACGCAGAUGCCAGAGAAGUGGGAGUGAGAAAAGCGAACAACAACAAUGAAGUAGAAGCGAUAGUAAAGCGAGGAGAAAGUAGUAGAAGAAGAUCAUCUCGCGGUAGCGGCCGUAGCGGUACGUCUUCAUCUUCAGUACAUCAGCCUCGUCCACCUCGACGACUCUCGCGUCAUAGCCAAACUGUCGUGCAAGAAAUGCGUACAUUGUUGGAUGAAAAGCUGCCAUCCUCUAGAAUCCCGAUCUUAGACCCCUUUGACGCCAGCCGACUCCGCAUGGUGCAGAUGCAGAAUAAUACUACAACCCCCACCCAGAUCUCCAAGAUGAACUCAAACUUGAACUUGAACCUCAACCUAUUGACUCAAAGUGUACGGAUUAUGCCUGUGGAGGUUGGAAAGACGACUCUGACCCCUGGAAGUGGAAGCGUUGCAUCGAGAUCUCCUAGGUCGAGGUCUCUUUCUCCAUCGAUUAUCAGCUCACCUGACGAUAUAGCUGUAGCGCUAGUGGAAGAUCCUCAGGAGGAAGAUUCGACCAGCAUGCCGAUGCCAGAGAGAAUCGUACCACAAGCAGUCUUUGAAGUUGUCGGCAACAAUGCGAUUGCUACUGAUCUACCAAAUGCGGUUUUAGAUGAAAUCAAAGAUCAUAGGGCAUUCUGUCUUGGUGUUGAUUUUACUACCUCCACAACUGGUCGUCGUGAAGACGGAUCUGAUCGUGCUGAUGUAAACCCGGUGAGAAGUGUGCAACCGUUGAUUGGACCCAGGUUGUGCAAUCCGGGUAUGGGGUCUUCGCUUGAGUACGAGAAUGAAAAAUGGCAACUGCAACAGGAGAUACGUCAUAACAACGCAGGAGCAGGAGUUGGAGUUGUAUCAGGAAUCUUCGCGAGCAGCAGCAGUCGUGCUGCUCCAGGAAAUAACACCGUCACUCCACGAGGAACAGGAGUACAACUGGUGCAAAGUGCGCGGGGGUUUUCUUCAUCAAGAAGUGGUCUCACUAUGGGAGUCGGAUCCCCUAGUCGACUACAAGGUGGACCAGCAGUGUUAUGUCCUUUCGGUAAUUCUCCAACCUUCCGAGCAUCAUCUACUUCCGGGCUUGACUUCAAACUUGGUGGAGUAGUGCAAAAAAACAACGCGCCACCACCAUUUGAAGUAAAGGUGGCACCUGGACCUGGUGCAGGCGCGUCUCGUCAACUCUUUCCGAGCUCUACAACUAAUUUGUUGAAAAAUGUAGCUGUAGGUACGAGUACACCACGACAAAUACUGCAACCAUCUUCACUCACUUCACCUAAAACAGCACAGCAGAGUUUUUUUGCCAGUGCUGGGGGGCUUCAGGAUCGAUCGCUCCUGUUGCCUGGAGCACGCACUGCAGCAGCUGUCGCAUCUAAUCCUGCAAGGAGUAGUGUGAAGCGACAGGCACAGAUUCGUCCUUCAUUAAGUCUAGCACGACUUCCAGACACUUCCGCAAGUUCAUCUGCAACGAAUCUAGUCCUCUUUGACAAGCAAGCAGGCUCUUUUCUGGGACCAGUAGCAGGACUACAUCAAGACACACCUACACCAAACAAGAAUCUUAACAAUGCGACUGCUGCUGCCAGUGCUACUAGUGUUUCUAGUCUGCUUUCGCCUGUCACGGGACAGAUUCCUAGUUUGGAAAGUCCACCUUUUCAGACCUUCGCAGAGUUACGUCCUUUCGCAAGUGUAGAGUACGAUAUUAGACAUUACAUCGAGAGUGAGUUUACAGAGAGAGAACAACAACAACAAACCUGAUGAGCAUGACUAUCUUUAUACUGCUAUAGUGAACUACUCUAGAAUUUUUCUGCUUGUCUUUUUUUUUGUGAUCAUCGUCGCUCGAUGACUCAACAUCUUACAUCAUUGAAGAUCGUUAGCACUACCACUAGCAGAUAGAAAUGUUACGUGGUUUUCGACAUCGAAACUCUUGAGAAAUUCUUGUGAACUGAUUUCAACGAUACUGAAAUGCUU